CGUCGAUUGCUUCGCAUUCCAGUUUCAAAACGAAUUCCUGAUUCCUUAUCUAUCAUCUCAUCAAUUGCAAAGAACCAUUCAUUCCAUUGCAUGGCGAACUUAUAUUCCAGAGGCCUUACGCUGCCAAGUCCUUUGGCGUUCCUACAUCGACAGCGUAAGCGUUUUGUGGCGCACAUAGACAUCGAUGAAUGAAGGGACACCUCUUCUAGUACGGGAUUCAACCGAAGUGAAAUUUGAUAAAGAAUUGACAAUUGAGAAUAUACAAUAUUGUGUUCCUGGUUAUAAUUCUCAAUACCAAUUCGGGAAUAGUAGCACCAUGCACGGGGUUAGAACGUUAGGGUAUGAUUCGAGUCAAAGAGUGAUCGAGCACUCACAAGAAACAACUUCUGGCGAGUUCGCAGAAUCAAGUGUAGAUGUUCACGAUCUCAGGCUUUCUCCUCCUACAAGAGGCAACAGAUCGGAUGAUGAUCUGAAUCAGAUCGAAGAGGAGAUGUUAGAAACCCAUAUCACCUCUCAUCAAGAAAGAUUGGGAUCAGCCUCUAUGGCCAUCUUGAUUUUUUACAACGUCAGUGGCGGACCUUUCGGAAUCGAAACCACGGUUCGGGCCGGCGGUAACUUGUAUGCUAUACUUGGAUUCUCUAUAAUGCCUUUUGUUUGGUCACUCCAAGAGGCCUUAAUGACGGCAGAGCUCGGAACGACCUUCCCCGAAGCAUCUGGACCAGUAGCCUGGGUAGAAGAAGCUUUUGGACACGGUGCUGGAUGGAUGCAGGGUUAUUUGAGCUGGGUUUCGGGUGCUACAGGUAUGCAAUGAAUGAAACGGAAGACAGAUGACCAACCAAAGCGCGACCAUACAUUUAUUUGGAUCCCGAUUUUGCGAAUGGUUUGGUGUUUUCGCAUCAACACGACAGAUAGAAAUGACAAAAGAAACACUCAACUGGGUCCAACACAUCUCUUUCUGCUAUCUUUUAUUUGAUCUCUAACCUGCACAUACACGCGUGCUCGGCAUGAAAAAAUGACAUGAUGUGAAUUAAAGACAAUGCGAUCUACCCCGUUCUUUUUCUGGAUUACCUUCUGCAGAUUGUUCGACACGAAAACGAUGAUGGCAGUGAUUUCGAAUUCAUUACUCCUGCAGGUCGAUUUUGUCUGCUUGCGAGCACGACGAUUGUCUUAGCCUACGUAAAUUGGCGUGGACUUGAGUUGGUGGGUAAAAUGUCGCAAGUAAUUUGUGUUCUCGCUUUGAGCCCAUUCGUGAUACUCAUUGUCGUUGGAUCCUUCAAGGUAGAUCCUUCCCGUUGGUUCGUACUUCCGAAGACAGGGAACAGCACCUCCAUUGAUGUGUUCGACGAUGAUGUCGACACUCAAGGGGGGAUUAUUUCAAACAUUUCUUGGGGCGGUGUCUUUUGGAGACCGUUUCUAAACAAUCUAUUCUGGAAUCUGAACUCCUUCGACAGCGGUGGAAAUAUGGUAGCAGAACUCGAUAGCACAACUCYGUUUAUACGACCCAUGAUGGUUGGAUUUCUUUUGACCGUCUCAUUCUACMUUUUCCCUCUGCUGAUCGCGACAGGAGCUUCGGAUGCAGAACAAGAAGACUGGACCGAUGGCUACCUGGCAGUGAUCAACUCGGAAGUAGUAGGACCGUGGCUUGGAGCGUGGACUAUCUUUGCUGCUGGGAUUUCUAAUAUUGCCCUCUUUCAGGCAGAACUGACGUCUGAUGCGUAUCAAUUAAUGGGAAUGGCAGAUCGAGGUUAUUUGCCAAAAAUCUUUAGCAAGAGGAGUAGGCAUGGGACACCGACCUAUGGUCUUAUUCUUGGUACCGCUGUGAUUGUGUUGAUGGGGGUUUCUGAUCUCGAUCGGUUGAUCGAGAUGCUGAAUUUUAACUAUUCGGUCGCCCUUUUGAUAGAGUAUGCGGCAUUUUUCAAGCUUCGUAUCUCCAGGCCAAAUAUUGAACGCCCGUAUCGCAUUCCUUUAAACACUCUGGGAUGCGCCGUUUUCUUUUUUCCGACGGUAUCUGCAACACUCCUUGUCAUAUGUCUCGCCGAUUUCACUACGUAUUAUUUUGCAGUGGGAACUUGGCUCGUGGGCUACCUUUUGUACGCUGUCAAACGACAAAACGAUCAAAUCUCAUUCUCGACCGCUUUAGAGGAGGGGAAUAGAGGUGACGGAUAUGCACACGUGGCAGUAGAAUCCGUCGAAGGCGAUGAAAUGGACUUGGGAGUGGAUGAAAAUACUACUAAUGGUGAAUUUUCGUGACACAGAGAUCAACCCGCCGAGUCUGAGUUGAUCUUUCCUUACCAAGUCAACAUCAUGCGACUAUUGUUUCGGGUUUGGUGUGCGCUUGAUAACUUCUUCGUUUGUCUUUGAAGUACUCAAAGUCACUACGUCGCGUAUGCUAUGACAUGAAGCAACAAGUUACACAGAUAAUUGAUUAUGCUAUGAUGUAAUAUGCGAUUUUUUUUCAAUUUGAGAAGCUGAUGGUUGAAUCUCCUACCAGACGUCUUCUUCUUCUGAAAUAAAUAAAUCAUUGUCUCCUCGUGUAAAGUAAUUCUCUUUCUCAGAAUUUUUCAAAUCGCCAGACUUUUCUAGAUUCUUCUCGAUUACUACCUGCCGAUUACCCUUACGUUCACUUGGAUCGUUGCGAUUGUCUCUUUUGGCUACGAAGAUGGGAACAAUGUCAUCGUAUUCGUUGGUUGAAAUUAUAGCUAUUGGUUUCUUGGUUCCCUCCCGUUCAAUCUUCGGCAUCAUGAUCCUGAGGACCCCUGCUGAGAAAUGAGCCGUGAUACUGUCGAUAUCGAUGUCGUCGCUGUUCACUUCAAAGGACUGGGAGAAUCCCAAGUUUGUCACAAGUUUGUUUUGGUGACUAGCACGAUUGCCACGAACAGUUAUGACGUCGGUCCCAUCUUUUUGGAGGAUUUCCACAGCAAGAUCUCGGGCGUUCGAACCUGGGAGAUCAAUCACGAGUUCCAGUCCCUUCGUACCAAAGUCCUCAACACUGUAACGAAGUUGUCGCUGUUUGGAAAAUGCUGUAUUUUGUCGGCUUCUGCUGCGUUGACGGGAUAGCGAAUUCGUGGUUGCGAGGACCAAUUCAUCGAGAGCAUUCAUCGCGGAAUUGUACAGGCUCUUUUGACGACGAAAUGCACAAUCACUUCUUUGAUAGUMAUAAUGACGGGGAUACAUCUUUCGAUAAUGAUGGUUGCACGAUUCGAUUCGUCUGUGAGCAGCGACGGGAUCUGACAAAGAAGCAAUUAUUACGAGGAGAGCCAUGCCACUCGCGACAAGUAGCUCAUUCGUAGAUGGCUUCGCCGUGCGAUGUUUGGAGAUCAUUGUAGGCAAUUUCUGAAGUUUGUUUGGGAUAAAAUAUUCUGGUAUCA